UAAUUAUGAAGGCGAUCUUAUCGUUGUUAAUAAUGGCGACAUUUAUUUUUCUCCUGGAAUGUGAAGAUUUAACUUUUGAGAAAAUGCAGCACGAGAUUUGUCAACUUGUUUUUCCUAAAAAAUCAGUUUACAUGAACUGCCUUUGUCAGGUGAUGGACGUAAACGAUUGGGUAAAAAUACUUGAAAUUGCUGAAUGUUUAGGCUAUUUUAGUCAAUUUGAUUUUCUUCUUGGUUAUGUAUGUAAUCAUGUUAAUACCACGAUCGUAGGUUUUCCAGUAGAAAAACAAAGAUGCAUGAAAAAUUUUCGUUCAUAUUCAGUUUCCAAAAGUAUAUUCAACAAGAGAUGUUACACAGAAACAAUGCUUAUUGGAUGAUUAACGAAAAUGGAAAAUAAACGAGAACGGAGAACUAUGUUCGGCGUUGUCAUCAACUAAGAAGAUUAGUGUCUUAAUUAAUUAAUCAUUAUUUAUAAAUAAAUAAUUGUAAUGAAUGUAAUGUAAAAAUACACAGAGAAAACUUCUAUU